AUGAGCUUACGACAGUCUCACCUAUCGCGCCUGUUCUCUCAAGCGUCGAGAAUUCUCCAAAAUGCGCCACCUGCAUCCACAACAACAAGGACAUCGUCCCUAUCCUCCUCCCCACUCCUAAGCCGCGCCUUCGGAAUGCCCAGCAGACGCGCAUUGAGCUUCCAGACCCGCAGCCCCUCGUCCUCCUCCCAAAUGAGAUUUAGGAGCGGCCAGAUUCAACAACCAGGGAACAUCUUCCGACGGUCGUUCUUCCGGUCCGCUCGGUCAAACAGCUCAGCGCAAUCAGAGCAGCAAGCACCCUCUCUUUCACAGCGGCUUCGCACGCUGUCGAAGGAGUACGGAUGGUCCGCGCUGUGGGUGUAUUUGAUCCUGUCGGCGGUGGAUUUCCCGCUCUGUUUUAUGGCUGUUCGGUUGGCUGGCGUGGAGCGGAUUGGCCACUAUGAGCAUGUUAUUUCGGAGUCGGUGAAGGGGGCUAUUCGGAAGGUGUGGCCUCCUUCGGAGGAGGAGGAGAAGGCUGCUGCUGCAUUGCAGAGUCAGGCGGAGCAGGAGUCGAAGGAGGCGAGUGAGGAUAAGGCCAAUGGUGGUGAAGCUAGUCUCUGGACGCAACUUGCCCUUGCCUAUGCGGUUCACAAGAGUCUUAUCUUUAUCCGGGUGCCCCUGACGGCUGCGAUCACUCCCAACGUUGUCAAGGUCCUGAGGGGCUGGGGCUGGGAUAUUGUCAAGGGUAGGCCGAAGGGCAUGACGCGCGCGCAGUGUCCUUCUCCACUCAGAGAUAUUGAGCCGGGUAUUUCUGUCAAUCAUGAUCGCCAAGAAGGACGACAGGGUACAAACGUUCAAGAAAGGAUGAGACGGGACAUUAAAGGAUAA